GCUGCUGUGUUUCUUAGAACUGGAUUCUCAGAACUGGUGAUGCACAGAGUUUCGAGGAAACUUUUACAAGAUUGUGACAGCAUGGCCACGACUGCAGAUGGCUGCAUUCAGUUCACACGCCAUGCAGGUGACGUCCUGCUCAACUUGAACUGCCUCCGCAGCAGGAACAUCCUGACUGAUGUCACCAUUCAGGUGGAUGGGCAGAAUUUUCAUGCUCACAAGGCCAUCUUGGUGGCCUGCAGUGGCUUCUUUUAUUCUGUGUUCAUGAACCCCGAGAAUGCAAACCUUCGUGCCAUCAGCUUAGACCCCAAAGUGGACCCCAAAGGUUUCUCCAUCCUGCUGGACUUCAUGUACACAUCCUGCCUGAACCUUAAAGACAGUCUGGUCCUGGCCACCAUGAACACAGCCGUCUUCCUCCAGAUGGAGCAUGUGGUUGACACCUGCCACAGGUUCAUCAAGUCUAGGCAUCAGUCUCUGAACACACAGACUGAAGAGGUACAGAUCAACUCGUUACAUCUGGCGGAGGAGAUCCCUGCUUUGAGGCCUGUUGAUGAAAAAGAGCUAGACUUAAGAAACAACCACACAUCAGCCUCAUCCCCGUUCCAGGAGCGCAGGGGCAACAUCCCCAAUGUUUUCAGGGGUAUCAACACGUCUGGCUCCUAUCAUGUCUACGGUGACCCCCAUGUCCUUCAUGGGAAGCUGGAAAGUUCCCAUAAGAUCAGUGCCCUUCCCAGAGGAGGGGCUUUGUCCCAGAAACAAUGCUCGCAGGUACCCAACUCCAGCAUGGGUCACAGUGAAUCCACCACCGUCGUCUCUCACCCAGUGCCAUCUCACCCUAGUUUCCCCACCACAAUCAUCCAACUGACAGGAGCUCACGGAAGCCAUCACGGGCCUGCUGCUCCUAUGGAGGAAGAAAGUGUUCAGCACCCUCAAACCGGCUGCCUGAGGUUGUCUCCAGGCUUUAACAAAGGUGUCAUCUGUAGCCCUCAAAGCCCACUCAGAUCUGACUGCCAACCAAAUUCACCCACCGAGUCCAGCAGUAGCAGAAACGCAACCCUGAGCCUCAAACAGCCCUCAGACUGCCCAAAGGACGCCAAGGCACGCAACUGGAAGAAGUACAAGUUCAUCGUUAUGAACCAAACUCCUGAUGAGAAUGAAAAAGGGUCUCAAGGAGGCAACGCUGAAGUUACAGCCAUGUCCCCUGUGCAGAGCACCUGCGGGAGUGGUGGAGCAGGUGGACAUGGUGAGGUGCAGUCAGAAGAGGGAGCCAACGAGCACAGAGGAGAAAUCCCCAUGUCUCAGAGCGCUGACAGCUGCAGCAGCAGCAGCAGCACCUGCAGCAGCAUCAGCCACCGCAGAUGCUCGUCCUGUGGCUGUGACAGCCCUCAGAUGGGUCACCUUUCUCCUGACUCAUACAGCAGAGAUGACACUACCAAACUACACUCAGAGUACUCCCUCUCCAGCUGUGAAAACAACACGUACUUCUGCAAUGGUUGUGACUCCAAGUUUGCAGACGAAGAUUCUCUGAAAGAUCACAUGGUCCAGGUCCACAGUGAUAAGCCAUACAAGUGUGACUGCUGCCAGGCUGCCUUCCGCUAUAAAGGAAACCUGGCCAGCCACAAGACCGUUCAUACCGGUGCAAAGCCGUACCACUGCAACAUCUGUGGUGCUCAGUUCAACCGACCAGCCAACCUCAAAACUCAUACCCGUAUCCACUCUGGAGAAAAGCCAUACAAGUGUGACACAUGCGGUUCCCGAUUUGUCCAGGUGGCCCAUCUUCGUGCCCAUGUGUUAAUUCACACAGGAGAGAAGCCGUACCCCUGCGAGAUCUGUGGGACACACUUCCGCCACCUUCAGACGCUCAAGAGCCACAUGCGCAUUCACACCGGGGAGAAGCCUUAUCAUUGUGAAAAAUGUGACCUCCACUUCAGGCACAAGAGUCAGCUGAGGCUUCAUCUCAGACAGAAGCAUGGCGCAGUCACUAACACCAAGGCUCAGUAUCGCAGAGCUCCCAGCAACAUCACCACAAACCUGGUGACCUCCUGCUGAGGCCGCUGCAGCCCCGUUAUGUGUCAUUUUCUUUUUGCAUCGGCCACCAUGUUGUCAAAAGACUUUUAUUUUUUCUAAAAACAAACAGAAACAUAUAUAUAUAUAUAUAUAUAUAUAUAUAUAUAUAUAUAUAUAUAUGUUUGGCCUUUUUGCAUUUGUAAAUGAUGCACAUUACUUUAUGUGAGCUCUUUGGUAUAUCAAAGAUUGUAGCAGUUAAUGCUUUGGUUGUGAAUGUGUAACAACAGAAUGUACAUUUUGAAUGUGAAUUUGAAAAGGUUAUUUCUCUAUUUUGCAAAUUACUCAACAGAAUGUCAACAUUGAAGGACAGUCCUCUUUCUCAUUCAGAUUGAGAAUCGCUGUUACAGUUUUGCUUUCAAUAUUGAUAUAAAUUUCCCCAAUCCCAUGGUCUCAGUUUAUGCAGUUAUUUUUCAUUGGGCUAUUUUUUGUAAAUAAGAUAAUAUAUAUUUCCAGAUUGCCAUCUGCUGGCAGAGUACGAAUAUAUUUACGUUAAGUUUUUCAUACACACAGUGAGCUUUGCUGACUGUUGAUAACACAAGGGCUUGUUAUUUUGCCAUUUCAUAGUUUGUGGUACGUAUUGUAAUAUUUACAGAUUGUCAUUGUUUUGAAAAAUUGCUUUGUACAUAUUUUUUUUCUUUUUUCCCAAUCAUUUCUAGGCUCUUAUUGGUAUUUUGCACAUACUCAUAAUGCUGUGAUUCAUAUAUUUUCAUACUUUUCAAAUAUUUCUACUUAAAAUGUUGUUGACCUGUUGAAAUUGUUAAACUCCAUGUCCAGCACCUGCUAUAUUCUUAUUUAAAGUCUAAUUUUUUCUUUGCUGAAAUCUGACCUGAUGUACGUAUUACAGUGCACUUGUAUGAAACCAGUGUAUUCAUGGUGCCUUACAUUCACACUUUUCUACAGCUACUUUCUCAGACUAACUAUUGACAUAUUUUAAGUUUGACAGUAGUUAUAAACUGCUUUUGUGUUGCAUUUCCCAUUUGGUACGUUGCCCUGUUAUGUGUACGCAUGUCAGGUACUGUUGUUACGGAAGCUAAUAAUCUGUUGUCUAUAUUUCUUAAAAUGCGGAUAUACCAGGCCUCAAGCUAAAAAUGCUCAGGAAUAUUAGUAAUAUGUAAGCAAAUGUCUUUGUAACUGCUAAUUAUAUAUGUGUGUGUGUGUGUGUGUGUGUGUGUGUGUGUAUAUAUAUAUGUAUAUAUAUGAAAUGAAAAUAAAAUGUAUAAGUAUGUAUUAAUAA